CUAAACCCUGGAGCCUAGAAGCUUCCAAGUCCUACCCCUGUCUUCAGCCCCCUUCUAGAUUUAAAACCCAGACCCAUAGCACAACCUCUCUGAGGUCAGAGUCCAUCAGCAGAAUAGAAUCGAGAGAAGAGCUCCUCAUGGCAAAGCGUCUGAUUCCAACCUUGAACAGGGUUCUGGUGGAGAAGAUUGUCCCUCCAACCAAAACCACAGCUGGUAUUCUUCUUCCUGAGAAAUCUACCAAGUUGAAGUCAGGGAAAGUGGUGGCUGUGGGGCCUGGGUUGCCUGGUAAAGCAGGAAAUAGGAUACCAGUGGCUGUUAAGGAAGGUGACACCGUUGUCUUGCCUGACUAUGGUGGUACCCAAGUUUUCCUUUGUGACAAAGAGUAUCAUUUGUAUAGGGAUGAGGACAUACCGGGGACUCUGCAUGAUUGAUUAUGAUCAGCUUGGUUAGCAAUCAAUGGAGGUUUCUGUAUGAGUCUUUAGAUUAUUAGAUUAGUGUAGUUUAAUAUCGGAAAUGUAACUCCGUAAUAAUAUUAGGUACAUUUGUUUUGGAACAUGAAUCGGUUUGCAAGUGUUAUUGUGUCAAAUUCUGAAUUAAUCCCGGCAUCAAUUUUCAUAACUUUAAUUUUUUUUUUAAAUUUAAUAAAUAAAUAUUUUGUAUA